UUGUGCCCGCAGGAGUGGAACGUGACAUGGAACACCAGCAACCCCGACUUCACCAAGUGCUUUCAGAACACCGUCCUUGUGUGGGUGCCUUGUUCUUACCUCUGGCUCUGCUUCCCCUUCUACUUCCUCCAUCUUUCCCGCCAUGACCGCGGCUACAUUCAGAUGACGCAUCUCAACAAAGCCAAAACUGCCUUGGGAUUCUUGCUGUGGAUCGUCUGCUGGGCAGACCUCUUCUACUCUUUCUGGGAAAGAAGUUGGGGCAAGGUCCUGGCCCCGGUAUUACUGGUCAGCCCGACCCUCCUGGGCGUCACCAUGCUGCUUGCUACCUUUUUAAUUCAGCUCGAGAGAAGGAAGGGAGUCCAGUCCUCAGGGAUCAUGCUCACUUUCUGGCUUAUAGCCCUACUGUGUGCCCUUGCCAUCUUGAGAUCCAAAAUCAUGGCUGCCUUAAAAGAGGGUGCCGACGUGGACGUGUUUCGCGAUGUCACUUUCUACAUUUACUUUUCCCUCGUGCUGAUUCAGCUCGUACUGUCCUGCUGCUCAGACCGCUCGCCCCUGUUCUCGGAAAUCAUCAACGACCCCAAUCCUUGCCCGGAAUCCGGUGCCUCCUUCCUUUCCAGGAUCACCUUCUGGUGGAUCACAGGGUUGAUGGUCCGGGGCUACCGCCAGCCCCUGGAGAGCACUGACCUGUGGUCCCUGAACAAGGAGGACACCUCAGAGCAAGUGGUGCCCGUUUUGGUCAAGAAUUGGAAGAAGGAAUGUGCCAAGGCCAGGAGGCGGCCGGUGAAGAUCGUGUACUCCUCCAAGGAUCCCGCCAAGCUGAAAGGGGGCUCCAAGGUGGAUGUGAACGAGGAGGCCGAGGCCUUGAUUGUCAAGUCCCCCCAGAAGGAGCGGAACCCGUCGCUGUUUAAGGUGCUCUACAAGACCUUCGGGCCCUACUUCCUCAUGAGCUUCUUAUUCAAGGCCCUCCACGACCUGUUGUUGUUUGCCGGCCCGGAGAUCCUGAAGUUGCUCAUCAACUUCGUGAAUGACAAGAAGGCCCCGGACUGGCAGGGCUACUUCUUCACGGCACUCCUGUUCCUCAGCUCCUGCCUGCAGACCCUGGUGCUCCACCAGUACUUCCACAUCUGCUUCGUCAGCGGCAUGCGGGUCAAGACGGCCGUCGUCGGGGCCGUCUAUCGGAAGGCCCUGGUGAUCACCAAUUCAGCCAGGAGAUCCUCCACCGUCGGGGAGAUCGUCAACCUCAUGUCUGUGGACGCACAAAGGUUCAUGGACCUGGCCACGUACCUUAACAUGGUCUGGUCGGCCCCUCUGCAAGUCAUCCUUGCUCUCUACUUCCUGUGGCUGAACCUGGGCCCUUCUGUCCUGGCCGGGGUGGCCGUGAUGAUCCUCAUGGUUCCCAUCAAUGCUGUGAUGGCCAUGAAGACCAAGACCUACCAGGUGGCCCACAUGAAGAGCAAGGAUAAUCGGAUUAAGCUGAUGAACGAAAUCCUCAACGGGAUCAAAGUGCUGAAGCUGUAUGCCUGGGAGCUGGCCUUCACGGACAAGGUGCUGGCCGUCAGGCAGGAGGAGCUGAGAGUGCUGAAGAAGUCCGCCUACCUGGCAGCCGUGGGGACCUUCACCUGGGUGUGCACGCCUUUCCUGGUGGCCCUGUCCACGUUCGCCGUCUACGUGACCGUCGACGAGAACAACAUCCUGGAUGCCCAGAAAGCCUUUGUGUCGUUGGCCCUGUUCAACAUUCUCCGCUUCCCCCUGAACAUCCUGCCCAUGGUCAUCAGCAGCAUUGUGCAGGCGAGUGUCUCCCUCAAGCGCCUCAGGAUCUUUCUGUCCCACGAGGAGCUGGACCCCGACAGCAUCGAGCGGCGGCCUGUCAAAGACGGUGGCAGCACGAACAGCAUCACCGUGAAGAAUGCCACGUUCACGUGGGCCAGGGGCGCGCCUCCCACGCUGAAUGGCAUCACCUUCUCCGUUCCGGAAGGUUCCUUGGUGGCCGUGGUGGGCCAGGUGGGCUGCGGAAAGUCGUCUCUGCUCUCAGCGCUCCUGGCCGAGAUGGACAAGGUGGAGGGGCACGUGGCUGUCAAGGGCUCAGUGGCCUACGUGCCCCAGCAGGCGUGGAUUCAGAACAAUUCUCUCCGAGAAAACGUCCUCUUCGGACGUCCGCUGCAGGAACGGUAUUAUAAGGCUGUGGUAGAAGCCUGUGCCCUCCCCCCGGAUCUGGAAAUCCUGCCCAGCGGGGACCUGACAGAGAUUGGUGAGAAGGGCGUGAACCUGUCCGGGGGCCAGAAGCAGCGUGUGAGCCUGGCGCGGGCCGUGUACUGCGACUCCGACAUCUACCUCCUGGACGACCCCCUCUCGGCGGUGGACGCCCACGUGGGCAGACACAUCUUUGAGAAUGUGAUUGGCCCCAAGGGGCUGCUGAAGAACAAGACGCGGCUCCUGGUCACGCACGGGAUCAGCUACCUGCCGCAGGUGGACAUCAUCAUCGUCAUGAGUGGUGGCAAGAUCUCCGAGAUGGGCUCCUACCAGGAGCUGCUGGCCCGGGAUGGGGCCUUCGCCGAGUUCCUGCGCACGUACGCCAGCGCCGAGCAGGAGCAGGCCGAGCAGGAGGACGGGUUAGCAGGUGUCGGCGGUCCGGGGAAGGAGGUGAAGCAGAUGGAGAACGGCGUGCUGAUGAUGGAUGCCACGGGGAGGCAGAUGCAGAGACAGCUUAGCACCUCCUCCUCCUACAGCGGGGACGUCAGCCGGCCCCGCAGCAGCACCGCCGAGCUGCAGAAGGCCGGAGCCAGGAAGGAAGACGCCUGGAGGCUGGUGGAGGCGGACAAGGCUCAGACGGGGCAGGUCAAGCUGUCCGUGUACUGGGACUACAUGAAGGCCAUCGGACUUGUCCUCUCCUUUCUGAGCAUCUUCCUGUUCGUGUGUAACCACGUUGCCUCCCUGGUCUCCAACUACUGGCUCAGUCUCUGGACCGAUGACCCCAUCGUCAACGGGACCCAGGAGCACACCCAGGUCCGGCUGGGUGUCUAUGGAGCCCUGGGCAUUUUGCAAGGUGUCUCGGUGUUCGGCUACUCCAUGGCGGUGUCCAUCGGGGGGAUCCUGGCCUCCCGCCGCCUGCACUUGGAUCUGCUGCAUAACGUCCUGCGGUCGCCCAUGAGCUUCUUCGAGCGGACCCCCAGCGGGAACCUGGUGAACCGCUUCUCCAAGGAGCUGGACACGGUGGACUCGAUGAUCCCGCAGGUCAUCAAGAUGUUCAUGGGCUCCCUGUUCAACGUCGUCGGCGCCUGCGUCAUCAUCCUGGUGGCCACCCCCAUUGCCGCCGUCAUCAUCCCGCCCCUGGGUCUCAUCUAUUUCUUCGUCCAGAGGUUCUACGUGGCCUCGUCCCGGCAGCUGAAGCGCCUCGAAUCGGUCAGCCGCUCCCCGGUUUAUUCCCACUUCAACGAGACCUUGCUGGGGGUCAGCGUCAUCCGGGCCUUCGAGGAACAGGAGCGCUUCAUCCGCCAGAGCGACCUGAAGGUGGACGAGAACCAGAAGGCCUAUUACCCCAGCAUCGUGGCCAACAGGUGGCUGGCUGUGAGGCUGGAGUACGUGGGCAACUGCAUCGUCCUGUUCGCCGCCCUGUUCGCUGUGAUCUCCCGGCACAGCCUCAGUGCUGGCCUGGUGGGCCUCUCGGUGUCCUACUCUCUGCAGGUCACCACCUACUUGAACUGGCUCGUUCGGAUGUCAUGCGAGAUGGAGACGAAUAUUGUGGCCGUGGAGAGACUCAAGGAGUAUUCAGAAAUUGAGAAGGAGGCUCCCUGGCGCAUCCAGGAGAUGACUCCACCCAGCACCUGGCCCCAGGUGGGCCGAGUGGAAUUCCGGGACUACGGCCUGCGUUACCGGGAGGACCUGGACUUGGUUCUGAAGCACAUCAACGUCACCAUCAAUGGAGGGGAAAAGGUUGGCAUUGUGGGGCGGACGGGAGCCGGGAAGUCAUCGCUGACCCUGGGCUUGUUUCGCAUCAACGAGUCUGCCGAGGGAGAGAUCAUUAUCGACGAUAUCAACAUCGCCAAGAUCGGCCUGCAUGAUCUGCGCUUCAAGAUCACCAUCAUCCCCCAGGACCCCGUUCUGUUUUCGGGUUCCCUCCGCAUGAACCUGGACCCGUUCAACAAGUACUCGGACGAAGAGGUCUGGACAUCCCUGGAGCUGGCUCACCUGAAGGACUUCGUGUCUGGCCUUCCCGAUAAGCUGAACCACGAGUGUGCGGAGGGCGGGGAGAACCUGAGCGUCGGGCAGCGCCAGCUCGUGUGCCUGGCCCGGGCCCUGCUGAGGAAGACAAAGAUCCUUGUGUUGGAUGAGGCCACGGCGGCCGUGGACCUGGAAACCGACGACCUCAUUCAGUCCACCAUCCGGACGCAGUUUGACGACUGUACCGUCCUCACCAUCGCUCACCGGCUCAACACCAUCAUGGACUACACGAGGGUGAUUGUCCUGGACAAAGGUGAAAUCCGGGAGUGCGGCUCCCCCUCCGACCUCCUGCAGCAGAAAGGUCUCUUCUACAGCAUGGCCAAAGAUUCCGGCUUGGUGUGAGCCCCGGAGCUGGUGCAUCGGGUCAGA